AUGGCAUCUAGAUUUUCGGUUAAGAAAUUGACUUCUUGUGUAUGUUCAUUUUAUUUUUCAGCUACUAAAGUUCUUGGCACUGUCAAGUGGUUCAAUGUCAGAAACGGAUAUGGCUUUAUCAACAGAAAUGAUACCAAAGAGGAUGUGUUUGUUCAUCAGACUGCGAUCAAGAAGAACAACCCACGGAAAUAUCUGCGCAGUGUUGGCGAUGGAGAGACUGUAGAAUUUGAUGUGGUUGAAGGAGAGAAGGGUGCAGAAGCAGCUAAUGUGACCGGUCCAGAUGGGGUCCCUGUAGAAGGCAGCCGCUAUGCUGCAGACCGACGUCGCUACCGACGUGGCUAUUAUGGCCGGCGUCGUGGACCACCUCGUAGCGGUAUUGAAGGAGAGAUCAAGGAUGGGAUCACAGAAGGAGCACAACUCCAACAGCCAAUCCAUCGGAAUCCCACUUAUCGGCCCCGCUACCGCAGGGGGCCCCCACGUCCACAUCCUGCUCCAGUGGCUGGAGAGGCUGACAACAAGGAGAACCAGCAUGAGGCCAAUGCUGUGAACCAGCAGUCACCUCGUCGUGGUUACCGUCGUCCAUAUAACUAUCGGCGUCGUCCCCGUCCACCCAACGCUCCAUCUCAAGAUGGCAAAGUGACCAAGGUGGCCGAAACACCAGCUGAGAACCCUGCUCCAGUGACCGAGCAGAGUGGUGCUGAGUAACAUUUGGCUCCCCAGACACCUUUUUACCAUCCAUCAGGUGUCCUAAAGUGUAAUU